AUGAUGGACGACAAACCACAGAAGCUCAAUUUGAAACGUGAAGUGGGGCUGAUGGGAGCCGUGUCCCUCAUUGGAGGGACGAUGAUUGGGUCUGGGAUCUUCAUGUCCCCUCAGACGGUGAUCUCCACCAUUGGCAGCCCUGGAGCAAGCUUGAUGGUGUGGGCCUGCAGUGGAUUACUGGUGAUAAUGGUGUCUUUCUGUUAUGCUGAGCUGGGCACUGUUAUAAAAGAAUCAGGAGGAGAGUACAUCUACAUCCUCAGGACUUCAGGCCCAGUUGUUGCCUUCAUGUUAGUCUUCAGCUCUGUGUUAUUUGUGAGACCUGCUGGUGUUGCUGGCAUCGCGCUGAGUUUUGCUCAGUAUGUUGUUGCUCCUUUCUAUGAAGAAUGUCCUCCUCCAGUCCUGCUGGUGAAGUUUGUGGCUGCAGCUGCGAUUUUAGUUCUGGCUACCAUAAACUGCCUAAAUGUUCGUUUUGCAAUGUCAGUGCAAGUGUUUUUUAUAGUGGCCAAGGUUGUGGCCCUGGCUGUCAUCAUAAUAGGAGGGGUGGUGAUGCUUGUCAGAGGGCAAACGGAAAGCUUUGAAGAUGCAUUUGAGAACACAAACGUGGGCAUCAAUCCAAUUGGCAUAGCUUUCUACCAGGGGCUGUGGUCAUAUGAUGGCUGGAACAAUCUGAAUUAUGUGACAGAAGAACUGAAACGACCAGAGAAACUCAACCUGAAGAGGGAUGUGGGGCUAAUAGGAGCCGUUUCUUUCAUUCCUGGGACCAUGAUGGGAUCUGGGAUCUUCAUUUCACCCCAGUACGUGCUGCAAACAAUCGGCAGCCCUGGGGCCAGUCUUGUUAUAUGGGCCUGCUGUGGGCUGAUAGCCUUGCUGGGGGGGCUCUGCUAUGCUGAACUGGGCACGGUCAUUCCAGAGUCUGGAGGGGAGUACAUCUACAUGCUAAGGACUGCAGGGAAAGUUGUGUCCUUCAUGUUUGUCUUCAGCUUCGUCAUUGUCAUGAGGCCUGCCAGCGCCACAGGAAUCGCUCUGAGCUUUGCUGAAUACGUCGUGGCUCCCUUCUACGUCGGUUGCACUGUCCCACAACCGGUUUUAAAAUUUGUGGCUGCAGGGGGGAUCUUGGUGCUGGGCGUAAUUAACUGUCUGAGCGUCCACCUGGCCACCGCCAUCCAGGUAACGACCAUGGUCGUGAAAGUGCUGGCAUUGGCAGCGAUCAUUCUGGGAGGAAUCGUGAUGCUUUUCCAGGGCAACACUGUCAACUUUGAGGAUUCCUUUGAAGGAACUAAUGUUGGUGUCAGCUCCAUUGGGCUUGCUUUCUAUCAGGGCUUGUGGUGUUUUGAUGGCUGGAACACUCUGAAUUAUUUAACCGAGGAGCUGAAAAGUCCAGAAGUAAGACUGUCAGACUUGUUGAUAAACUUUCAAAUGGAAAAGAGAGUAGAAGUGAUUGCGUCUGAAUCACAACACUUCCACUGUCAGAUCCAAUAA